GGCGCCGGGCCCCGGAAGCGGCUGCCUAGCAACCAGGUAAACCAGCGAUGGAGGCGGAGGGGCCGCGGGACGCGUCAGAAAAGGAAGACCCAGAGGAGUCAAGACAACAGGAUUUAGAAGAUGGAGAGAAGUCUGACAUUUCCAAAGAUCCUGAAACAAAGCUGGACACAGAGAAGCCAAAUGAGUCCUCAACAGAAGGAAAGGAAGAAUCGGAGAAAGAGAGUAUUGAGGGGACUAUACCUGGUGACGACUUAAACCAGCCAGACUUGGCAGAUGGAGAGAAGUCUGACAUUUCCAAAGAUCCUGAAACAGAGCUGGACACAGAGAAGCCAAAUGUGUCCGCAACAGGAGAAAUGGAAGUCCCAGAGAACGAGAGUUCUGAUGAGAGCAAACCUAGGAAAGGUUCGGAUCAGGAGGAUCAGGCAGAUGUGGAAAAGUUUGACUCUUCAAAGGAUUAUGCAGGAGAGCAGGAUGCUGAGAAGAUCCCUGAACCGUCAGGAGAAGGGGAAGUCAAAAGUAGUGCCCCUAAAGAACCACCUGGUGAAGGAGAAGUAUCAUCUACUCCAGAGGGACAGGAGGAAGGUGUAGAGAAGGCAGUGGAAAGUGCAGAGGCAGAUACCAGUAGUGUCCAGGAAGAGGAGGAGGAGGAUACUGAGAAACCCCCAGAGCGAGAAAAAAAGCCUGAGACGCUAGAAAGGAAAAUCUCGGAGACCUUCUUCUAUAACUAUGAAGAUUUGUGCUCACAACCCUUUGUGACGUCAGACUCUGGGAUACCAAUUAACCUCCUCACUCUCAUACACUCUUUUGGUUAUGACUGCACCAAAAGGGCAAACCUGCUGUUGCUGGAUAGUCAAACACUCCUCUAUGUAGCAGGCAACCAGCUGGUGCUCUUGGACCUGAAAACUAAAUAUCAGAGUUAUCUCCGGAGCAGCAGCGGUGGUGGAAUUGGCAUUAUCACGGUACAUCCUAGUAAACAGUAUUUUUCAGUAGGAGAAAAAGGAUGGAAGCCAAACAUCAUCAUCUAUGAAUUUCCUUCACUAAAGCCAUACAGAAUACUCCGAGGUGGGACUGAGGAAGCCUAUGCAUUUGCUGAUUUUAACCAUUAUGGAACGUUACUGGCCAGCGUUGGGAGCAGCCCUGACUACAUGUUGACAAUCUGGGAUUGGAAACAGGAAAAGAUUGUGCUGAGGUCAAAGGCUUUUUCACAGGAUGUUUAUAAGGUCACAUUCUCUCCUGAAAAUGAAGAGCAACUCACCACUUCUGGAUCAGGACACAUCAAGUUCUGGAAGAUGGCCCAUACAUUCACUGGGCUCAAGCUACAGGGAGCAUUGGGAAGGUUUGGUAAAACAGCUGUGACUGACAUUGUAGGGUAUGUGGAGCUGCCUGAUGGGAAGGUUAUCUCUGGAUCUGAAUGGGGCAACUUGCUGCUUUGGGAAGGGGGCCUUAUCAAAGUAGAGCUCUGUCGAACUGGACAUAGACCCUGUCACAAUGGCCCUGUUAAUCAGUUAGUUCUGGAUGAGGGAGAGCUGGUCACUGUUGGAGGAGAUGGCUACAUUAGGGUGUGGGACUUUGAGACGAUAGAUGCAGCUGAUUCUGUGGAUGACACGGGUCUACUAGAGAUGGACCAUAUGAAUGAACUUCUCGUUGGCAAGAAUGUCAAUUUGAGCUCAAUCAUGAAAAUUCAUGAACUUGGACAGCCCAUUUGGUAUGCUCAGGAUUCCAAUGGAGCCAUCUGGAAGCUUGAUCUGAGUUUUUCAAAUGUCACCCAUGAUCCAGAGUGCCUGUUUACCUUUCACUCUGGAAAGAUUGAAGCCAUGGGUGUCUCUCCUGUCACAUAUCUCAUGGCCACUACUGCACUUGACCACUCAGUGCGUAUCUAUGAUUUCAUUGGUAAUUGCCAGUUGACUGAGAUUAAGUUUAAACAGGGAGGAACAGCACUGACUUGGGCACCCCGAGUGGUAAAUCCCAAAGGAGGUCUAAUUGCUGUUGGCUUUGAAGAUGGCGUUGUUCGCAUUAUUGAAGUUUAUGAUCCCAGGGGACUCGCCAUUGUUGCAGGACGGACCAAUGUAGGGAAUGCAGAGAUGCGUCUGAAACAAGCUUUUAAACCCCACACUGCUGCAGUUACAGCCUUGGCAUAUGAACGAAAUGGGGAAGUACUUGCCACGGGGAGUAAAGACAAAACAGUCUUCUUCUUUGCUGUUGAAGACAAAUAUGAGCCAAUUGGAUACAUUUGUGUCCCUGGGCCUGUGCAGGCAUUACAGUGGUCUCCACUUUCUCACGCAGAGAGCAUGCUGCUUGUGCUCUGUGAAAAUGGCUUUGCUCUUCAGGUUCCUGCACCCAUCCUUGGAGAACAGGACACAGUAUCCACCUAUGAGAUCAAUGACCUGCCCACACAGUAUUUCCAUUUCUGCAGCAUUAAAUCCCGUAUCAAGAGGGAAGAAGAGAUUGAGCGCAGAGAGAAAAAGAAACAGGAGGAGGAGAAGGCAAGGUUGCAGUGGAUAAAGAAACAGCAGGAGAUGGGAAUUGAGAUAGAAGAAGAGCCAGAGGCAGAGCCUAAGAAAGAGGAGCCACUGCCACCCAUCUAUGUCCCACAGGAGCCCAGCCCCAUUGUCUGCGGGUUUUAUUCAGCACCAGGGAAAUUCUGGCUGUCUUUGGGUGGCUAUGACUCUGGGUACCUCUACCACUGUGCAUUCUCCCCAGUUCAUCAUGAAAUAUCCCCUGAAAGCAGGCAAGAUGAGCCCUUUGAGGUGAUUCCUAUGGAAAACACAGAUGACAACCCAAUCCAAAGGAUCUCUUUCUGCACCAGCAAGCUGUUGAUGUUCUGUGGGAUGAAGGAUGGAGCAGUGCGAGUUUAUCCUCUCCAGGACAAAGACCUGUCAGCAGACAUGAUGAACGGAUACUGGUCCUUCAACAUGCAUGACAAUGAUUAUGGCCAAAUCCAGGAUAUCUACUCUAGUUAUGAUGACCGGUUCCUGGUUACCUGUGGAGCAGAUAGCAACAUCUUUACCUUCAAUAUCUUGUCUCCAGAGGACAUUCAAAGAGAGCUAAAAGCGAAAGUGCCCUCUCCAAGAGGAGAUCUUGAAAAGGAGAAAACUGCAGAAGAUAUUGAGGAUCCUAGUGCCUACAGUAUUGAGAAUGCCAAGCAAAAAAAGGAAUAUGACCAGAUAAUGAAGGCAGCAGGGGACAAAAAAAACAAAAAGAGACAAGAGCUGAUCAUCCUUAGGCAUGAGUUUCAUCACCUGCUUCAAAGGAACAUGGAGCUGCCAAAGCACAUGCAGCUACACAGAGAGGAAUUUGAGAUGGACCACAGAAUCCGUGAGGAGAUGGAUAGGCAGACAGCACAGAGAAUCCAACUAGUGCAGAAAGAGUUGGCCUGGGAUCAGGAGAAGCACCGCAUUGGGCUACAGAAAUUGCAGAGUCGGUUUCGGGACACAUUGGAAUUUGACACAGUGGUCGUUCAUGCUAUAGGAAGUAAUCAUCAAAUCUCUACAUAUAGGCUCCUGGCAAUCUCCGAGAGGUACUACAAAGCCAGAAAACAAAGUCAAAGAGGGAAAAGGAGAACGAGCAAAUUAGCAAAAGAAGCAGAGCAAAGGCGAGAAAGCCAGAAAGAGACAAGUCAGGCUGCUGGAGUUACUGAAGAGGAGAUGGAAGCUGACAAGCUGAAGAAAAGGCCCCAACUGCAAGGUGCUAUAGGACGUUUUGGUGGAAACCGACUUGAACAAGUUAGAAAAAUUAUGGAGAAAGCGGACAGGGCCAAAGCUAAGAUUAUGCAAAGAAGGAAGGAGUGGGAUGAACUAUACAAGAGCAAACCCAGUGACAACUAUGAGAACCCCAAGGAUGUUCAGGACAUCAAAGAGGCUCAGGAAAACAUGGGGGAUUUCAAACUGAAGACAGCCACAAACUACAAGAUCCCGGAGCACAUGCGUAUGAACGCAGAGAAGAAGAAGAUGCAGCUUAGGUCGUUAGAGGUGGCGAUCCAUGAAAAGAAAUUGACCAUGAACAAAUGGAUCAUCUCCCUUAGGGACCUCAAGGUGGCUGUUAUUGAAGAGAUCAUCUGCCUGGUCCAAGAACUGAAAUCCAUAAAAUCAGCCUUGGAUGCAUCUGAACAACUUCCUAUUCCCCCGAUCCCUCAGUUACACCUGGAGGAGACUCCAGAAAAAAAAUUCCAGUAUGACAAUAAUAUUCUCUUGAAGUUCAAACAAGAGGAGGAGAACAAGAAAAGGCUCUCUGAGCAGGUGGAAGAGAAUGCAUCAUUUACAGUGUUUGGGGGAAAGUUCCUUCAUGCACCUUCUCUAAAAGAAAUAGACUCCUCCUCAAGAGCCUCAAGUGUGAGAUCAAUGAGAAUAGGAUCCUCAGUCAUCCCAAUGCAACCAAAGGUUUUUGAGAUUGAAAAGUCAGAGCCAACGGAGAUGGAGCUGGAAAUUUUAAAACGGGAGAAGAUCAGAAACAUUUACCUUCAGGAGACCUUGAUCAAGAGGAUCAAUGAACUGGUGAUCACCUUUGAUGCUGAGCUCCACCUCCUGCGGCACCAGAAGCUGAAGCUGGACACGCAGAUGAAGUGUGCUGACCUACGUCACAUCACGUGGUUUGAGGAGCUGCUUCUCCUUAAGAACUUUGAGAAACAUGAGGACACUCUCCAGGAGCGUGUCAACAGCCUCACCAAUGAGGUGGAAGAGAUGCAAUGGAAAUUAGACAACUACCUUUCACAGAUGGAGGAUAAAAAAUAUGAGAUUGCAAAGCUUCAGGAACGCGAGAAGGCACUUUAUGCCACUUUCCAAGCAUCCCUUGGAGAGAACAACAAAUUUGCCAGCUUCCUCACUAAGGUUCUGAAGAAGAAGAUCAAGCGUGUUAAGAAGAAAGAUGUGGAAGGAGACAGAGAUGAAGAGGAGGAUAGUGAUGAAGAGAGUGAUGAUGAGUCUAGCUUGGAGAGUGAUGAAGAAGAUUCAGGAUCUGAAGAUGAAGUCUUCGAUGACUCUGUUUGCCCAAAGAACUGUGAUGAGGCACUCUUCGAAAACACACUUCAGCUCCGGGAGAAGCGGCUAGACAUUGAGGAAGCCUUAGUGGAGGAGAAGAAAGUUAUUGAUAAUCUCAAAAAGGAAUAUGAUGCCUUGGCUAAAAAGGUGAAAGUGGUGGAAGCCAGCUUGGACACAGCUGAAGGGGAACUGGAGGCCUUUCAACGGGAGAAGCAGCAGAGACUGAAUGAGCUCCAUGUUGUAGUGCCUCUGAAGCUACACCAGGUGGAGUACGUGGUAAAUGGGGAGUUACCCACUGACCUGUCCCAGACAUUGGUAUUUACCAACCAGUCCUUGGAGUAUCUGCAGCAAAGGAUCAUGGUCCUACAGCAUGAGAAGUUGGAACAGAGGGAGCUCUACAAGCAAGCCCGGCAGCAGCAUAAGGAGCUCAUCCGGGACAGGAGGGAGAUAGAGAUAAGGAUCCAGCGAUUGGAAGAGAACUGUAAUCAGCUGAUGCUGAUGAAGUUUGGCCGGGUGGUGGACUUGGAAGCCCUGCAGACACUCUCUGUUAACACAAACCUGGAAGAGCUAAAGAUAAAAAUGAUGGAGAAAGAGCACAUGCAAGCCCAGGAACUCAAAAAGUGGGAGGAGAAGAUUUUUGAGCUGCGGCAACGGCUGAUGAUGCUGAUGAAAGAGAACACCGGCAAGCUGCAGCAGCUGAACAGCUUGUGUGCUGAAAAGCAGGGACUUGAAAUGAAGCUGGACGCACUGCAGAAUGACUUGGGAGCAGAAUUCCAAGGCCCCCGGAAAGCUGAGAUCCAGGAGAGAGAGAGGCUGAUUACACUGGUCCAACUCCAGGCCCAGGAGGCAGAAGUACUCAAGGAGGAAAUCACUCUCUUAAGCAGAAAAGAUGGACGCAUCUUCCCACCACCUCAGCCUCCAUGUGAUACCAAGAUACUAAACUAAAGUUCCCUCUGUCACUAGCCUCAUUCGUUAGAUAUUUCCCUGGUGAUGGGCAUAUGUCACUGAGAGGCCCUGUCUGCAACCAACACCAGUCCCAAUAACACACAGGAUGUCAAAGUUUGGGCCAAAGGUUUUGUCCUGUUUGCAAUCUCCCCUGGGGUUCCAUAUUGCCAGUCAUCCAUAGGGCAUCUUUAAUACAGAGGGACUGUAAACACCGCAGAUCCCAGUAUGCAAUGCUCCCUUUUGAACUUCCAUUCAGAGCCAGCUAGAGCAUCACAGGCUGCAUCUGGUGAGCUGUAGCAAAUGGCUUUGUUUACUGCUGAUUAGGUGCAGUCUUUAUGGACCCUUUAAGCAAAGUCUGCACUUCUGCAAUAAGGACUCAUCCUAUGCUCCCAUGGCUUUUAUAAGCUAUUCUUCAUAGCAGUCAGACCUACCUUGGGGUACAGUUGUGCACAGCUCCAGACUAAUCAAGGGCUCAGUAUCUGGCUGUCGCCUAUUCACUUCCUUGUCUUCCAGCGAGCAGGAUAGAUCUUCCCUUCAGUGCCUCUUGAAACACGAUCCAUUUUGUAUCUUCUUCUGCUGAGUGUCAUGGGUAAUUCUUAACUCUAUUAAUUAACCAACACACCCUUACAGGAUAAUAUGCAUAAAGAAUGGGAAGGGGUUACAUGGAUUUUAAAUAUGUAAAGUCAGUUUUGAAGCUGGCAUCCUACUGUAGAUAAUAAAAGUUUGUAAGCAGGUUGGAGUGUUUUGAGGCUAGCAUAGAUAUAGAUUUUUUUUAAGGCCAAAAGGGACCAUUAUGAUUAUGUAGAAUAAAAUGUUCAAAAGUGACUUAGGCGUCUAAGUGCUUAAGUCACUAAAGUGUCUUUUGAAAUUGUUA